AUGUCGGAACAGUCUGUAAAACAUCGGUUUCUUACUCUUCCUCCUGGGCAAAAGCUGAAGUUAGAUAGAGUCCCUUCUCCUCAUUGCCACCUAACACCUGUCCCUAACUUAUCUACAAGUGCAAAUUUAGAUAUAAAUAAUACUUCAGUAACUGUUACAGGUGAUGAUUUCGAGGAUACAUGUAUUCUUGGUGAAGGAUUUUUUGGACGAGUUUUCAAAAUGCGUUUAAAAUCAACAAAAGAAUCAUUUGCAGUUAAAAAGAUACCAUUUUGCAAUUUGGAUCCACGUAAUCCAGAUAUGAUAGCGGAUUUAGAAAUAGGAAAACUUGAUCCACACCCAUUUUUAUUGCGAUCUUAUUGUGCUUUCAUUUAUGUAGAUUCUGUUUGGAUUUUACUAGAACUCAUGGAUAUCUCAUUAGAUGUACUUUUAAAUAAGGUAAAAGCACUUGAUGAUUACAUCCCAGAAAAUGUAUUAAAGCAUAUAACAUUUUCAAUCGUUUCAGCAUUGUAUCAUUUACGAUACGAUCUGAAUAUGAUUCAUCGUGAUAUAAAACCAGCUAACAUGUUGGCUAACAGAAACGGUCAAAUAAAAUUAGGAGACUUUAGUACUGCCGUCACACUUUCCAACUGUGAAACUUUAACAGAUGUUGGGUCGUGGCGUUACCUUGCUCCAGAACGUGUAAGCUGUGGUCCCAUAAAAAGUUACGGAGUUAAAUCUGAUGUUUGGUCUUUAGGCUUAAGCAUUUAUGAACUAGCAACUGGUACAAAUCCAUAUGAACCACCUAGAGAUCCUGUAGAUGCAUUCAAUCAGAUUGUAAAUCGUGAUCCCCCAAGUCUUUCAAGUGAUCUUCCAUAUUCCAAUCAUUUUCGAGAAUUUUUGAAUAUGUGCCUUAUUAAAGAAGUUGGUGAACGUGCAGACUACAAUGAUUUACUGGUGUCAAAUUUCAUUCGAUCAAUUGAUAUCAAUUCUUAUAUGAUUAAAACGGCACAAUUCUUAGCGAAAUAUAUCUAA